AUCGCACGGAUACAUACAAACACGAUACUGUAUGUUGAGGUAAAAGGAAUCCGUGUGUAUAGAGCUCCCCACAGUCAACUCUCCACAUGAUAUCCACUAAAAAAGAGUAAAGAAGCAUUUAUCAUUGUCAUGAUCAAUCAUUCAUUCACCUAAAGAAGCAAACAACAAGACCCUGCUGCAGAUUUCAAUUCUGAUUAUCUCUUCUUUUUACCCGGUUACUCUGUUAAACUCGGUGUUUUCUCCCCACUCGAACCCAGAUCAGAGAAAGCAAAAGAUCGAGAGAGAACAGUGCUGAGCUAAUUAUUGAUGAUGGAGGCAAAGCCUCUAAGGUUCAUAACCCACCAAGCUUUCUUCUCCGCCGUCCGAUCUGGGGACCUUGAGUGUCUGAAGCAGCUCUUGGACAAGCUCACCAAAAACGAGACCUCGGAUGGGUCUUCUUCCUCCGUUUCUGAUCUGAUGAAAUUGCAGAAUGAUGCAGGGGAAACCGCUUUGUAUAUUGCUGCAGACAAUAAUUUGCAAGAGAUUUUCAGUUACUUGAUCAGGUUCUGUGGUGUGGAGAUUGUGAAGAUCAGGUCCAAGUCUGAUUUGAACACCUUUCAUGUUGCUGCCAAGCGAGGACACUUGGACAUUGUGAAGGAACUUUUGAUCAUAUGGCCUGAGCUUUGUAAGUCAUGUGACUCCACAAGUACCAGCCCUCUUUAUUCAGCUGCUGCUCAAGAUCAUUUGGAUGUGGUGAAUGCCAUUUUAGAUGCCGAUGUCAGUUCUAUAAGAAUAGUGAGGAAAAAUGGGAAAACUGCAUUGCAUACAACUGCAAGGUAUGGUAUGCUUCGUAUAGUAAAAGCUCUUAUAGACCGGGAUCCAGGAAUAGUCAGCAUCAAAGACAAAAAGGGCCAAACUGCUCUCCACAUGGCUGUUAAGGGUCAGAGUCCUGCAGUUGUAGAGGAGAUACUGCUUGCUGAUCACUCAAUAUUGAAUGAGCGUGACAAGAAAGGAAACACAGCAGUUCACAUAACGACAAGGAAAUGUCGUCCACAGAUCGUAAGCCUAUUGCUAAGCUAUACGUCUGUUGAUGUCAAUGUCAUCAAUAAUCAGCGUGAAACUGCAAUGGACUUGGCUGAUAAACUCCAAUAUGGAGAAUCUUCUUUGGAAAUCAAAGAAGCUCUAAUAGAUGCUGGUGCCAAGCAUGCUAGACAUGUUGGCCAAAUCGAUGAGGCAAUGGAGCUCAAGAGGACUGUGAGUGAUAUUAAGCAUGAGGUUCACUCCCAACUUAUACAAAAUGAAAAAACCAAUAGAAGAGUUUCUGGUAUUGCCAAAGAACUAAGGAAGCUUCACAGAGAAGCUGUUCAAAACACCACCAACUCUGUCACAGUUGUUGCUGUUCUUUUCGCUUCAAUAGCCUUCUUAGCUAUAUUCAACUUACCGGGCCAAUAUCUAUCAGAUGGACCAGAUUCAGGGAAAGCAUAUAUAGCUGGAAGCGUUGGUUUUCGUGUAUUUUGCCUUCUGAAUACUACAUCACUCUUCAUAUCUCUGGCUGUUGUUGUGGUUCAGAUAACUUUGGUGGCCUGGGAUACCAGGGCUCAGAAGCAGGUUGUAUCAGUAGUUAACAAGCUAAUGUGGGCUGCCUGCGCUUGCACUUUUGGUGCAUUCUUGUCAAUUGCUUUCGUGGUUGUGGGAAAAAAACGUUCUUGGAUGGCGAUCACUAUAACCCUCAUGGGAGCUCCAAUUCUUGUUGGGACACUUGCAAGCAUGUGUUACUUUGUUUUCAGACAACAUUUUGGGACUUUCAAGAGUGAUUCUCAGAGACGCAUCAAAAGGGCAAGUGGAAGCAAGUCCUUCUCAUGGUCGGUCUACUCAGCUAAUGUAUCAGAUGAUGAUUCAGAUCUUGAGAGAAUCUAUGCCUUAUAAAUAGGAAAAUCCUUCUAACACUGAAGAGUCAACUACCAGGAUUCUAGGAAAACAGGAUUGUCUCUUGGCGCUUGUAGACAUUAUCAAAACGCGAAAAGCCUGCAAAUUUACAUCACUGCAUAUGGUCUCUUAGUGUUGGGUGAUCACAUUAAUUUGACAGGGUAAGAGCAUAAAGAAUGAAUCUUCCAAGGUGGAAGGAAGAAUCAAUUAGUGUUUCUUAGCUGAGAAGCAGAUCAUAUUGUGUAUAAUCGGGUUCCAUAUGUAUAUCCGCUAAAACUCCGGCAAUCUUCCUGUUUAUAACAAGAUUAUUUUGCUCAUUGCU